UUCGGCGCGAACCGGAGCCUGUCGGCGGCGCAGCUCGGGCGCCUGUUGGAGCAGCUGGGAGCCGCCCCCGCGGAGGGCGCCCCGGAGCCCGGGCAGCUGCACUUCAACCAGUGUUUAUCAGCUGAAGAGAUCUUUUCCCUUCAUGGCUUUUCAAAUGCUACGCAGAUAACCAGCUCAAACUUCUCUGUCAUCUGUCCAGCGGUCCUACAGCAAUUGAACUUUCACCCUUGUGGGGAUCGGCCCAAACACAAAACAAAACCAAGUCUUUCAGAAGUUUGGGGAUAUGGUUUCCUGUCAGUGACAAUUAUUAAUCUGGCAUCUCUCCUCGGACUGAUUUUGACUCCGUUGAUAAAGAAAUCUUAUUUCCCUAAGAUUUUGACCUUUUUUGUGGGGCUGGCUAUUGGGACUCUAUUUUCAAAUGCAAUUUUCCAACUUAUUCCAGAGGCAUUUGGAUUCAACCCUAAGAUUGACAACUAUGUUGAGAAGGCAGUUGCUGUGUUUGGUGGAUUUUACAUACUUUUCUUUUUUGAAAGAAUGCUUAAGAUGUUAUUAAAGACAUAUGGUCAGAAAGGUCAUACCCACUUUGGAAAUGAUGACUUUGGUCCUCCUCAGGAAAAAACUCAUCAACCUAAAACGUUACCUGCCAUCAACGGUGUGACAUGUUAUGCAAAUCCAGCUGUCACAGAGCCUAAUGGACACAUCCAUUUUGAUAAUGUCAGUGUGGCAUCUCUACAGGAUGGAAAAAAGGAGUCCUGUUCAUGGACCUGCUUGAAGGGGCCCAAACUCUCAGAAAUAGGGACGAUUGCCUGGAUGAUUACGCUCAGCGAUGCCCUCCACAACUUCAUCGAUGGCCUGGCCAUUGGGGCCUCCUGUACUUUGUCUCUCCUGCAGGGACUCAGCACCUCUAUAGCCAUCCUGUGCGAGGAGUUCCCUCACGAGUUAGGGGACUUUGUGAUCCUGCUCAAUGCAGGAAUGAGCACCCGACAGGCCUUGUUAUUCAACUUCCUUUCUGCGUGUUCCUGCUACGUGGGGCUAGCUUUUGGCAUCUUGGUGGGCAAUAAUUUUGCUCCAAAUAUUAUAUUUGCCCUUGCCGGAGGCAUGUUCCUCUAUAUUUCUCUAGCGGAUAUGUUUCCAGAGAUGAAUGACAUGCUGAGAGAGAAGGUAACUGGAAGAAAAACCGACUUCACCUUCUUCAUGAUUCAGAAUGCUGGCAUGUUGACUGGAUUCACAGCCAUUCUGCUCAUCACUCUGUAUGCAGGAGAAAUUGAAUUGGAGUAGUAGGAAAUGAGAGAUGGUGUUGUUCAUGAAGGCAUUUCGUAAAUAAAAAACAUCUCCAAAGGGAUUUUCAAGCCGAUCCUGUUUAGAUAAAAGAUAAUUUUGUGUUCAGCUGUAGGUCAAGAAAACCAAUUAUUGGUUUCAGAUCUGUGAAAUAGGCCAUUAUUUGUUGUUAAAAUUGUUUCAAAAAGCUCUCAGUUCUAGUUUGAAAAGCCUAAUAGAUGAGAUCUUUGUUAAACACCUACUUUUUUUUGUUUCAUGAAUACAAAAAAUCAUCACAAAGCAAGAAAUGUGCAUUCUGUAAUCAUUUCAACAUCAAGGCCCAGAGUAAAAUACAAACUAGGCCGUAUAAGCCUUUCACCAUCUCUGGUCGGAUCAAACGUUCAAGUAGUUUCAGAAUUGUUUUCUUUCAAUUAAUUUGGUUUAGUGCUUUCACGAGCAAGUACAUCAAAAUGGGGAAGAAAAUCAAAAUGUACACAACAUGGAUAUAAGUGAUUCCAAGGCCUUAAUGAAGCCAGGAGAGAAAGAUUGCUCAUAGUUUUUGUUUUGUUUUAUAUUUCAGUUAGAUCUUGUAGGAUUGCUUUGAAAACCAUCCUGAAAUAAUACGAAUUAUGAAAUCAGUAAAGCUUUGUUGGCCCUGCUAAGUUCAGAGUUUGUCUGCCAUUCUGUCUCGAAGUGUAAACUCCACCAGCUUCCAUGAAAAGCCAGAAUUGUUUUCUUCUGACUUAUUUUGUGCUUGUACCACAACAAAUGGCAGAACAGUAUGUAAAGCUGGUGACAGUUCAGUUUCAAUGUACAGUGUGUUUGCUUUGUGAAGGUGAAGCAGAUGUUCAUUUAUAGAAAGAAACUGAAUGUAAUUUUAAGCAAUUUACUUUUAAAGAGGAACACAACUAUUUAGCAGAGGGUAUUUUAAGUAAAUGCAAAAUAACAGCUGAACGGCUGUAUGUCAAACACUGAUUGUCUAGAAAAUGUAUGUUCCUUAUGGGUGAUUGAGAGACAUUCAGAAAAUACUUCUUUUGUAUUCAGGCUGCAUUUUUCCUGUAUGGUAGACUUUGCAAAAAAGUUCCACACACCGUGGUUCUGUUUCUACCUUUUAUAAAAGAUAGAGUUUGUUUAUUCAUUUAGCAGAUACAGAAAGUUGGUCUACAAUUGAAUAUCCUAACCCCAACUCACGCUCCCAAGUCACUCAAGGAAAAGUGAUUUGACAGUGAAGAAAAUGACUGAUGAAAGCCAACAAGUAUCUCAGGAAUCACAUUUUCCCACAGGCCUUAAAAUGGUGCCACGUAGCAAUAAAGCAGAUGUGAUGAGUAUUUGACAUGUAUGUUAAUGCACAUUUCACUCUAUGACUGACAAUUAAAAAAUAUUUUUUGACCAGUAGUAGACACCUUUGAAACCA